AUGAAUCCAUACAUUAAAAUUGCAUUACAAGCAAUUUUAAAAAUUUUCAUCGAUAUAAUUUUUUUCUAUUCUUUUGGUCACCAUAGAAGUUAUGCUAUUUCUUUCAAAAAUUAUAGGAUAAUUGAUAAAAAUACCGAUUUUCAGUCAAAAAUGUAUCUGGACCUCUUGAGCUGGUUGAAUUCACUUUUCUUUAAAAAUAUUGUUAUUUUAAAAAAAUUUGGGCUUUUAACCCAGAUGAGCUUGAUCUUUCCAAUAAAAUUAGGAUGCUAG